AGGGGAUACUCCCCAAGCUAGUGUAAAGGGUUUUCUGCUUCCAGCUACCUCCCUCCCGCCGUCCAUGGCUAGUGCUGGGUCUCCUCUUGCUGCCGCAGAAUGAAUUCACCAACUUCGUAACUUUCCUUGCACCCGAGCAUCGUCGACUCAAAUACAGCCAGAGACGAGUCGCCCAAAGCCUUGCCCGCAGCACUGGCACCGGGCUGCCGCCCCAACCUCAACUAUCUAUCUCGACCGAUACCCUACAUCAUCGCGGAAUAAUUUCAUUCCACGAUCGAGUACGACACUCAUUCACUCCUCGAACUUCAAAGUCCGAACUUCGGCACGCAUAUCAAGCCAUCGCCCUCGAGCAGGAAGAAAUUGAAAGUCAACUCUUGGUCGCAAUGAUGGAUACUUCUGGGGUAUGGGAUAAUCAAGACCCGACCUUGUCAAUCCCGUCGCAAGAUGAUUUCAACCAAUUUCUCGAUAUAGGAAUGAACGGUCUCGGCGAUGCCCUUCACUAUGACUUUCAGGAUUUUGGUGGCCAGCCGCCAGCGCAUUUAUUACAUCAACACGGCCAAGGACAGAUGGGGCAUUCAGGAUUGGGAAAUAGCGUAGGCCAGGGCCACGACACUACGAUGCAAGAACAUAUGCCUCCAAUGACGACGGCUACUAGUCACUCUGUGAUUAUUGGAACCCCCAUGAGCCACACUCACCACUCGACCGAGAGUCUGUCGGACCUUGAUGCGCAAAUACAGUAUUUGCAACACCAGAAGCUGCAAAGACAACGACAGCAACAGCAACAGCAUCAACAUAUACAAGAGCAGCAACGGAAUUUCUAUGUUCACAAUAGGAUGAUACCACCCACACCAAAUAGCAUGGAAUUACACGCAAAUACCUCUCAAUUUUAUCCUCAGAGCGACCCUCAACCCCGAGCUGUCUACGAGAGAUACCAGAUGCAAAUGAAAGAUCAAGAGGUCAGUCGUUCUUCAAUCAUAUUUCUGUCAACACAUAUCCAAAGCAAACUUUUCUCUAUCGGUCGUUCUGUCGUAGAUUAUUUUUAUAUAUAAAAUAUCUCUUGCAUAUCUGACCACUGCACAGAUGGCAUUCACACCCCUUGUGUCUCCUGCUGUAACACCCCUCGAACCUCACUUUAACAUACCUGAGUACACUGUACCCGGGGCCUAUUUCAGCCCACUAAGUUCUCCUGCUAUUCGUGCUCAAAACGAACAGCAGUCGAACUUGUAUGACCAACGACUAUCUGCUACCACUAACUCCCCGAUUGAUAUGAAUAUGGAAUCAAAUUCUGCCUCAACCGGUUCUGGUGUCUUGGCAAAGAAAACAAACAAGAAAGCGGUACCCAAAGCUCGGGCAACCCGCGCGAUACGUCAAUCGCCUAUUGUGAAGCCAAAACGAUCAAAAAGGGGGCCUAUUGUUAAUCAAGCCCUGGGGGAGAUUCUGGAGCCGUCACAUUUUCCAAUCCCUUCUAAAGAACUCAGCUGUUCUCGUUCAGCUCCAAGUACGGAGGAAUCUGAGAAUAGCUCCAUUUCUCCAGAGCAUCUUUCCGACAUGGCACCGCCUCCAGUUCCUACCCCCGGAUCGCAUACGAGGUCACCAUAUAUUCCAGCCCAAAAAGAUGACCCGAGGAACAAACGUCUUGUCCUGGGCUCACCGGCUACUCCUGCGUCUUUGAUGAGACUCACGCAGUCACCCCAAGUAAAUGAACCCUCAGACAGCCAUACUAUGGAUCUCGAUGACCCGGCCAUGGAUAGCUUUGCCCUACCAGAAGCCGCCAAUACCACUCGACCACAACUUGUUCCCUUGAAUACUCAAUCGGACGGUCAAAUGACUCCAACUUUAAACUCCAACGGUGCUAAAACUCCUGGAUUUCAACCACUACCCUCUUCGGUUACUGCAAGACCAAGAAACACUACGUCCGCAAGUUCAAGUCCUCAAAUUGACUCUAUGAAUGGAGGUGGUGCCACAAAGAGACCAACGCAGAGUGGAGGACGUUCAAUUAAGAAACGAGCUGGUUCCUCAGUUCUGGCGUCCCCAGCCCUCCUUCCUCGAAUCUCACCCAGUAUUAAACCCUUAAUGCCGGGUUCUGGGACGUUAUCCGAGAACACCGCGUCUCUUCUGUUGGCGUCGAAGUCGAAUUAUCAGAACAUCCUCGAGGGUACGCAUUUACCAGGAGUCACGUACCCUUCGGAAUUAUCAACAAAUUUAACCUCGAAGCGUACAUCACAUAAAAUUGCCGAACAAGGCAGACGGAACCGCAUCAAUUCCGCUCUGCAGGAGAUUGCUACUUUAUUACCACGAGGUUCAAAAGAAAGCUCCGGGGAGAAAAGCGGAAGUGGAGAGGCUGAAGAAGGCAAUGAACCUAGUAGCAAUGCGAAGGGAGGUGCCCAGAGUGCGAAUAGUAAAGCAAGCACAGUGGAGCAAGCCAUUGAAUAUAUCAAGCAACUGAAAAACGACCUCGCGGAUGCGCAAAAGAGAGCCGAGGAAGCAGAAAAGCGGUUAAAGGAAUCUGUCUAGAGGAUGUUUUGGGACUGGGCCAGUUUGGUGUUUGGAGUUUGGGGGAUUAAUAUACCUGGAAUUAUUUUGGUGCUAAUUAUUUGCGAGGAGAGGGUUACUAUGCAUGGUGUGAAGGUCGACUAUUGCAGCUGUGUUACUAGACACAUUGUAUUGCGAAAAUUAUCGCUCUAGCGGACGGGCAAUGUAUAUAUCCGUGGCAGGCACUGAGGUCUAUUCAGGAACUCGAUUUGGGGUUCUUCUGCAUUGAUUGUAAAGAAGUCGUCGAGGAAGAACAAAGGGACCGAAUAAUACUUUGUAAAAAAUAAACCGAAUGUGCUUAUCUGAUA